AUGUCUGCUCCAAUCAACAAGGAAAAGGUUCAACAAGAACAAGAAGAAAUCCACAAGAUCAGAAUUACUUUAACCUCCACCAAGGUUAAGCAAUUAGAAAAGGUUUCUGCUAACAUCAUUAACAAUGCUGCCCAAAACAACUUAGUUAAGAAGGGUCCUGUUAGAAUGCCAACCAAGGUCUUAAAGGUUACCACCAGAAAGACUCCAAAUGGUGAAGGUUCUAAGACCUGGGAUACUUAUGAAAUGAGAAUCCACAAGAGAGUUAUUGACUUACAAGCCCCAGCUUCCACCGUCAAGAGAAUCACUCAAAUCACUGUUGAACCAGGUGUAGAUGUUGAAGUUACCGUCGCUGUCUAA